AUGCCGAUCCUCAAGCAGCUCGUGUCCAACUCCGCUCACUCCAAGCGCCGCUCGCGGGCUGACCUGACGGCCGAGAUGAUCAGCGCACCCCUGGGGGACUUCCGCCACACCAUGCACGUGGGGCGCGCCGGGGACGCCUUUGGGGACACCUCCUUCCUCACCAGCAAGGCUGGGGAGCCGGUGCCGGAGGUGGGAGAGGAGCCAGGAGCUUCCAAGCCCGGCCUGCUGUCCCGCCGCUUCCGCAGCAGCAAGCGCUCGCAGUCGGUGACACGCGGGGACCGGCGGGACAUGCUGGGCUCGCUGCGGGACUCGGCGCUCUUCGUCAAGAACGCCGUGUCCCUGCCCCAGCUCAACGAGAAGGACGUGGACAGGAGCGCGGGGCAGCUGCCCAAGAGUCUCUCCUCCAGCCCCGUGAAGAAGCUGCCCGAGGAGACGAGCCCUGAAGAGCAGCAGCGCCCGAACGGGGCGGCGGCGGGGCCGCUGAGCCCCGGCUUGGACGAGCGUGACUUCGGGGACAUCACAGACCUGCCCGUGGUGGUGGCCAAGGGCGGGGCGGGCUUGAAGCACGCCGAGUCCAUCAUGUCCUUCCACAUCGACCUGGGGCCCUCCAUGCUCGGCGACGUGCUGAGCAUCAUGGAUAAGGAUCAGUGGGAGCAGGAUGAAGAUCCCGAGGUGGAGGAGAGUCGCGAGGAGGAGGAGGAGGGUGAGCCUGCCCCGCCUGGCUCUCCUCUGGUGGCCGUGGCCCCGCCGAGCCAGAGCCCGGCCCGUGGCGUUGGUGGCCGCAGCCCCAGGGACAGCAGUCCAGCGUCCAGCUGCACCUCGGGGCCCGAGGAGCGCAGCCCUGUCCCCAGGCCACCGAGCCAGCGGGGAGGGGCCCUGAAACGCCCCGACAAGGAGUUCUCGUUCGCUGAUGAAGAUGAUGAUGAGAUCCGGGUAUAA